AUUCCUGGCAACUCACACGUCCGGUAAUAAUAAUGCUAGUAUUCCAUAACAAUUCAUUUACACAGAAUAUCAUUAGUUCAGUUCAUUUGAUUUCGAUUCUGCGAUGGAUUGACAUGGAUUUCAAGUGAGGGUUUCCACUUCCAAUUCCUGGUUCGACGAUCUUGCAGUGCAAGAAGAAGAAGAAGGAGAAUUAUUAUUAUUACUACUACUAAUAUUAUUAUUAGGUCUCCAUGAAUGCGGCGGACGGUAACGUAGAGGGUCAGGGCGGGUCGAGCAACGAGCCGGGUAGCUCCUCGUCGUCUCCCGGCGCUGUGGCGGCGGCGGCGGCGGCGGCGCCGCUAAGCCGUUACGAGUCGCAGAAGAGGAGGGACUGGAACACGUUCGGGCAGUAUCUGAAGAACCACAGGCCGCCUUUAGCAUUAUCUAGAUGUAGCGGCGCGCACGUGCUGGAAUUUCUGCGCUACCUAGACCAGUUUGGGAAGACCAAAGUGCACUUACAGUCGUGCCCCUUUUUUGGCCACCCACAUCCACCUGCGCCCUGUGCCUGCCCUUUGCGCCAGGCUUGGGGCAGCCUUGAUGCCCUCAUUGGCCGCCUUCGUGCCGCCUAUGAAGAACACGGUGGGAAGCCCGAAUCCAACCCUUUUGGUACAAGGCCAGUUCGUUCUUAUCUGAGAGAAGUUCGUGAGCACCAGUCUAAAGCGAGGGGCAUUGCUUAUGAGAAGAAGAAGCGCAAACGCCCGCCACCAGCACAACAGCAGCAGCAGCAGCAGCAAAAUCCGCCGCUUCAGCCGCCGCAACAGCCGCAGGUUGCGGCGCCGCCUGGCGGCGGCAGCGGCGGGGGUGGUGGUGGCGGCGGUGGGGGAGGGGGGGCUUCGUCGUCGCUUGCGUUUCUUAACCAGAGUUGAUGGAUGAUGAGAUUGAAAGAGGUGCGCACGUCUUGUAAUCUCUAGUAGCUAGCAAAGUAUGCAGCUCAUGUAGUGAUAGGUUGUUUAAAAAUGUUUUAACCGUUUGGCUGCUAAGAAGCUAUUAGGUAUAUGAUGUUCUCUAUGUGAGGUUGAAGAAGUCUAUUUCUGAUCAAUCAGUUUAGAUGGAUGGCCUCUGUUUUGUAUUCUUACUUUGUAGAGUCAUCGGGCGGGCGCCCAUGUUUAAGGGCGCGUGUAUUGAUGAUUGAACGUGUUGGAGUAAAUAAAGUUGCAAUUACUUUUGUA